UGUUUUGAACCAUGGAGAUUUUAACUGAAGAAGAAGCUUCCAUUCCAACCACCAAAAUUUGAUCUUGUUCAGUAAUUAUCUCUUCUUCCCAUAGAAAUAUUUAAUGGUUUUACCAAUCCUCCUCGUUCCCAUUCAUUCACAUUCACACUAGAGGAAACCGCGUUUUCCCGAUGACUUAUCUAUGGGGCUGGGCCCAUUUUCUCCUCUCCCACCUUCCUCGACGGCGCCCAUCGCCCUAAUCUUCCCACCACACUUGCAUUUACUUCACUUCAAUUUCUCCAAUCUCCAAUUAUUCAGAUGGCGGAUAACGGCGAGGAGAAGCUCAUUGCGGUUGCCCGCCACAUCGCUAAAACCCUAGGCCACACCGACUCUAUGACCGACGAUAUUCUUAAGAUUUUCAGCAAUUUCGACGGUAGAUUGCGCGAUAAGCUCUCCGACGAUGGAAUCGAGCAGACGCUCAAGUCCCUCGACCGCCGCCUCUCCCGUUAUAUCUCCCUCGACGCCCCGAUUUGGUCCAAUUCGGUCGAUGUCUCCUCCUUCCUCCACGCCGUUGACCAAUUGAUCGCCGCUGUCCGCGAUUGGGCGCCCCUGGCCGCACACAAGCGCGUCGCUGCUUGCCUCGCCCGCGCUGAGGAUUUGCUGCAGCAGACGAUGCUGCGGUUGGAGGACGAGUUCAGAGCGUUGAUCGAGAGCGGCGGCGGCGGAUCGACUGACUCUACCCGUCACCACCCCGAUUACUCCGACGACGACGGAUCGAUCGAGGAGGAUGAGGAUACAUCCAUCCCCGUAGCGGAGCCGGUGGCGGAUUACGACGACCUCUUAAUCGACGCGCUCCCGCCGGGUACGGUGGGCGACCUGCACGAGAUCGCGAAGCGGAUGGCGGCGGCGGGGUACGAGAAGGAGUGCUGCGCCGCGUACGGCGCGUGCCGGAGGGAGUAUCUGGAGCAGAGCCUCUCGCGGCUAGGGCUGCCGAAGCUGAGCAUCGACGAGGUGCAGAGAAUGCAGUGGAGUCAGCUGGAAGAUGAAAUUGAGAGAUGGAUCAAAGCAAUCAACGUCACUCUUCGCGUCCUUCUCCCGAGCGAGCGCCGCCUCUGCGACCGCGUUUUCUCCGGCUUCCCGUCCGAUGCGGACCUUUCCUUCACGGAGGUAUGCAAGGGCUCGAUUAUCCAGCUUUUGAAUUUCGCAGACGCGGUAGCGAUCAGCAGCCGAUCGCCUGAGCGGUUGUUCAAGGUGCUGGAUGUUUACGAGGCAAUUAGGGAUUUAAUGCCUGAAUUUGAGCUGCUGUUUAUCGAUGAAUUCUGCUUGCCUUUGAGGAAUGAAGCGAUUACUGUUUGGAAGAGAUUAGGGGAAGUGAUUAGGGGCAUUUUUUUAGAGCUCGAUAAUCUGAUCCGCCGUGAUCCGGCCAAGUCAGCAGUCCCCGGCGGCGGAUUGCAUCCGAUCACUCGCUACGUGAUGAAUUACCUCUGCGCCGCGUGCAGGUCACGGCUAACAUUGGAGCAGGUGUUUGAGGAAAGUGGUGAUGCUGAUUACGGAAAGGGGGAGACUGUUUCGCCUUCGUCUCUAUCAGCGCAGUUAGCGUGGAUCAUGGAGCUGUUGGACAGCAAUUUGGAGGCGAAAUCUAGGGUUUACAAAGAUGCUGCAUUGGGCUCUGUUUUCAUGAUGAACAACGGUCGAUACAUCGUGCAGAAGGUGAAGGACAACGAGCUGGGAGCGCUGCUGGGAGACGACUGGAUCAGGAAAAACAUGGCGAAAGUGAGGCAGUAUCAUGUCAAGUAUCAACGGAGUUGUUGGGGGAAGCUCCUGAGCUAUCUCAAGGUUGAUCACAGCAACUCUGCAUCGUCGAAUGGGACCUCGUCCAAGGCUUUGAGAGAACAGCUGAAGCUGUUCAACGCAUCCUUUGAGGAGAUAUGCAGGAAUCAGUCGUCGUGGGUGAUCUUUGACGAGCAGUUGAAGGAGGAGCUGAAGAUAUCUGUGUCGGGGCACUUGACUCCAGCAUACCGCAACUUCAUUGGGAGAUUGCAGGGGUGUGCGGAUCUGGGGAGGCACACUGAUAGGUACAUUAGGUAUAGCUUGGAGGACGUUGAGGCGCGGAUCAACGGCUUGUUCCAAGGGACUGCUGCUGGGGCUGGAAGGAAGUGAAGUGGAAUGUAGAGUGUUUGUUGUAUCUCAUUCACACACACACACACAUAACACAUUAUAUGUAUACAUUAGUGUAGCUAUAGUGAAGAUUGGUUUGUGUGUUUUGUACCUGUACAUUCUUUUACUGGUGACUUGCAUCCUCUAGUUGUUGUAAGUUGUAACCAUGCCUGUGAUUGUCAUGUGUAUAUUUUUGAGAUAUACUACUCCAUAUGAUUAUAUACUGUUUUGAAA